GAGAGCUCCUCCAAAAAGCACCGUCGGUGGUUUUAAUCCUCAGAAACAGGACGGCAACCUCGCGUGGUGUCGAACACUUAUUACGGAGCCUAAAAGUGAUCCUUGAUGAAAAUAUAUUCAAGACAAAGUGGCCCGGCGUGAAGGAAGACAGAGGGAUGAGGAUCCCUGUGCAUCGUGAGCCUGCUCCGCAUUCCCUCGGACUGAAACUUGCUGAGUUUUCCUUGUAAACAGGUCCCUGCGCAUCUUCAGUCGAUCCUUUGAAUUCAACCCCCCUCCAACCAAAAAAGGAUAAAAGCAAAAACAGCAACUAAACAAUCUCCUUAUACAUAUUAUCAACACAGACCACGGGUCAGUGUUGUUUCUUUGGGGUUAUUCCUGUGCGCGCUGCAACAAAGUAACUCUUUCCAUGACGUUGGGCUUGGACAAUUGGAGUUGCUCGUCGUCUUUUUUCUCAUCAGCUCCUUUAUAUUCUUUGCAGAGGAGAAACUGGCUCAACGUCGCCCCCAACAGGAGGAACAGAUUAUAUCCUUCAACACAGAUUACAACAGCAGGCUUCAGAUGAUGUUGAUGAUAAUGUUGUUGUUACUUACUACCAUUAGGACCUAUUAUAGUAGUAUGUCUUAUUAUACACUGCAAAUAUGCAUUUUAUACACAUAUCUAAGUUCUUCCAUUUUAUGCAACUUUAGACUUCAGCGGGAAGUUGCACUUUUUACUCCACUACAUUCAUUUGACAGCCUCGGUUACUUUGCAGAUUUAGAUAAUUGAUACAAAAUAUAAAACAACUCAUUAAUUAUUCUAUAUUAGUACAGGUUACGCUACCCAGCAAUAUACAAAGUGGGGUGCUUUUACUAUUGGUAUUUUAAGUAUAUGUGGAUGCUUUAGUACUUUUACUUAGGUAAGAUUUGAAAUACAGGACUUUUACGAGAGUAUUCAUACACAAUAGGAUUGUUACUUUUACUUCAGUUGAAGAUCUGAGUAUCUCUUCGAACACAUAAUACAUCUAUGAAGUGCAGAAGUUUGCUCCGUAAAACUCCGGGUUAGUUUUCAGUAUUUAGUCGGCCAACUAGAAGUCUCCCGUUGGUGGGAAAGAUGACAGCGUGACGUCUCAGCAGCAGCCUCCCUGAAUGCCCAAGAGCCCCCAUGGAUGACCUCACCCAAGCCCUCUCGGCCAGCUUCGCUGUGUCCAAGGAGCCCAACACCACCGCCGCCCCCCACCCUCGGCUGGCCCAGUACAAGAGCAAGUACAGCGUGCUGGAGCAGAGCGAGCGACGGCGGCGCUUCCUUGAACUGCAGAAAAGUAAAAGGUUAAACUACGUCAACCACGCGCGGCGUCUGGCCGAUGGGGACUGGACGGGGGCAGACAGCGAUGGAGAGGAGGACAUGGAGAAAAAAGAGGAGGGGGAACGGAAGCAAGACGGCGACACGGAGGAUGAGGGGAUGGAGAUUGAGAAGAGGAAGCUGCCAAAGCAUUAUGCGAACCAGCUCAUGCUGUCAGAGUGGCUGGUGGAUGUACCGUCAGAACUGGACACCGAUUGGAUGAUGGUGGUCUGUCCUGUGGGGAAAAGAUCUCUCAUUGUUGCCUCCAAGGGCUCCACUGCAGCGUACACUAAAAGCGGCUACUGUGUGAACCGUUUCCCCUCCCUGCUGCCCGGUGGGAACCGACACAACUCAGCCAUGGGGAAAGACUACACGAUCCUGGACUGCAUUUACAGCGAGGUGGACAGAACGUACUACAUCCUGGACGUCAUGUGCUGGAGAGGCCACCCGGUCUACGACUGCCCGACUGAGUUCCGUUUCUACUGGCUCCAGUCCAAAGUGCAGGAGACGGACGGCCUUUCAGAAAUUGCCAAGCGCAACCCUUUCCGGUUUGUGAGCCUCCAGAGCAUCGACUGCACAGCGGAGCUGAUUCAGAAAGCCCUGGCUGCGGAGUACAGCUUCAGUGUGGACGGUCUGCUCUUCUACCACCGGCAGACCCACUACACCCCCGGCAGCACCCCUCUGGUGGGCUGGCUUCGCCCCUACAUGGUCACCGACAUCCUGGGCAUAGAGGUCCCCGUAGGACCCCUCACCACUAAACCCGAGUACGCCAGCCAGCAGCUGCAGCAGAUCCUGGAACACAAAAAACCAUCAAGUGAGGUCCGCCCGGCCAACAGCAGCGGAGGCUACGAGUUAGAGUACCUGUCCACGCCGAGCCAGGGCGGCGGGGACGCUGUCAACUUCUUGAACCAAAAGCCAAUACGGGAAGCCACCAUGGAGAACUGAGUGCGAGGCUUAACGAGAUGCAAAUUGCUAACUCUGUGUUUCUGAGUCGUGGCGGCCCACAUAUGGCUCUUUAGAAUGUCUGCUGAAUGGUUUUGCCGAUGUGGACAAUUGUAAAGCAUGGCUAAUUCUAAUCCGGCACUGCUCAGGACGCCCUCAGAGUGCAGAGUAGCAGAGCUAUGCCAUAUAUAUAUAUAUAUAUAACUUUUUUUUUAAACUCUGCCAUUUACAUCUUGUACCUGUUGCAGAACUCCGAAACAGAUCAGUGUCUUUGAGAGUAAUUGCACAGUAUUUAGCCACUAAAACGACUUAGUGACGCAGCUUCCUUUCAUAACACCAUGGCAUACAAUCAAAAAGGACGAGAGGUUUCUUAUGUGAGAUGCAGAUUACGGCGAAGUGCAGAGAUAAAUGUUGUGGUGAAGUGCCACGCUGCACUUAAAGCGAAUAAUGCACAAGAAACAUCUUUACUGUUGUCGGUUGUUUGCAGACUACAGCUAUCAUCGCUGCGUACCCACCGAAAGAAAUACAGAAAUCAGAUUUUUGAGCAGCCAAAAAGGAGAGUGGCGCUCUGUGUUUUGGAUGGCGAGGUGUUGCCGACUGGCCACACCCUGUAAGUUGCGAUCAAUGCAGAAUGGCAGCAGAGACGUGGACUUUUACAAUUUAAUGUUGAAUUUCAAAAUUGUUUAGAAGAUUUUUUUAAAGUGUGUGUUCUAAAUAAAUGUUUUUUUAUUAGCCUAAACUGUGCACUCUGUUCCCAAUUUUUUUUUUUUUUUUUUUUUUUUUUAAAAGGUAUAUUUCUGAAUCGGUUCAAUCCUAUGUUAUAUUAUUUAAUAUUUCUUGAAUUGGAUUCUGGUUUCUCAGCAUUUGUUUUUGGAAUAAUCUAAUUACAAAUGUAUACAUCUUAGGGAAUGAUUAUGUAAAUGUAAUUACUAAACAAAGCUACAUACAAAAUGAUAUUAGAUUAUAAUUUACAUAGUUUAUUCAUACAGUAAAGUGGAAAAUCAUCUAACUGAUUCAUAAAACCCUCUGCAGGAACACCUCAGACACUGCACAUGCACUGUCGAUAUAAGUGCACGCUGCUGAUGUUCCAGUAUAUGGUAAGACGUGACUCAUUCAUUCUGCUGACAGCGGCGCACAUCAGCACUUCUCUUCCCCUCUGCGCUGAGCUUAGUGUGCCAUUUGCGUAACUGAAGAGCUGGGCGGAAAUUGUAUGGCAGGGUUGUGAACUUAGUUUUCGGUGACAUGAGAAGCAAACACCUGAGAUCGCUGCCUCGGGUCAGCAGAUCUGAGCUGCAUGAAGUCAUUUACAAUAACUUAGCAAGGAUGCCAACCUCAUUUUCUACUUCCUUUCUGUUGCACUUUUUUUUUUUUGUGAGAAUGGUUUGAAGUAAAGUUGAGCAUGUUAACAUGUUAAACUAAACAUACCUGCUGCUUACUAACAUGUUAGGAAUGUCAGUGUAAACGUGCUGGUGUUAGCAACACUAAGCCCAAAGAGCUACAGCACUAGCUUGGCUGUCGACUCUAAAUCUAAAUGUUACAGCAUUUUAACACGUACUUUUGAUUGCUUGGUUUGUCAAGACAUACAUUUAAGAAUACACGGCUGUCCAUUGGGUGUACAAGUUGAAGCUGCCUGAAGAGUACAGCAUUUUGUGCAUUUGAAGAUGCAUCUUUCUCGAAACAUCAACUUAAAUGUCCAGAAGUCACGCAGUAAAAGCUGAUUUAUAGAAAAGUGUAUCGUCUCUACUUGCAGCUUCACUGGACCAGCAUGCACUGCAGCUAAAAUACAAGUUGUCCUUUUGCGACUACUCGCUUCAUCUUCGCUGGAAAAUUUAAAAAAACAACUUGUUUUCUCCUUUUCUUGCUCUUUCGAUGGUAUCGCUAUUACUCUCACCACCUACACGGAACAUCGAGGUGCAGAUACCAUAUU